UAAAACCUUCCUCUUGCAAAGUACUUCCACCAAUGGCUAUUCCUUGUGCUUCCCUUCCCUUCCCUUCUUCUUCUCUUCUUCUCAAGGCCUCUUCUUUUUCCUCUCAGUUCCCUCCACUUCUUUCUCCUUCACACCUUUUCUUGACCGUUUGUUCCCGCCAUACCCCAGCAAAAAGCACUAAUGCAAGAAACAGCUAUUACACCAACAAUACGGGCAUUGCAUAUUUGAAGUAUCCAGUAGUUGUGAAGGCACAAACUUCCUCUUCUUCUGCACUGAGUAGAGAGCCCAUGUUGCCUCCUUUCAAUAUCUUAAUCACUGGUUCAACAAAAGGAAUAGGGUAUGCUUUGGCUAAGGAGUUUCUAAAGGCAGGUGACAAUGUGAUAAUUUGCUCAAGGUCAGCUGAACGGGUGGAGUCUGCUGUUCAGAGCUUGAGAGAAGAAUUUGGAGAGCAACGUGUGUGGGGUACAAAGUGUGAUGUUAGAGAAGGAAAGGAUGUGAAGGAUUUGGUUGCAUUUGCACAAGAAAGUCUCAAAUACAUCGACAUAUGGAUUAAUAAUGCAGGAUCCAAUGCUUAUAGCUAUAAGCCCCUGGCAGAAGCUUCAGAUGAAGAUCUUAUAGAAGUUGUCACUACAAACACCCUUGGUUUGAUGAUUUGUUGUCGAGAGGCAAUAAAAAUGAUGUUGAACCAACCUCGAGGGGGUCACAUAUUCAACAUUGAUGGAGCUGGCUCAGAUGGAAGACCAACCCCAAGAUUUGCAGCAUAUGGGGCAACUAAGCGCAGUGUAGUGCAUUUAACAAAAUCCCUACAGGCUGAGUUGCGGAUGCAAGAUGUUCAAAAUGUUGUAGCGCAUAACCUGUCGCCUGGAAUGGUCACAACUGAUCUUCUCAUGUCUGGAGCUACCACAAAGCAGGCCAAGUUUUUCAUUAAUGUUUUGGCAGAACCAGCUGAAGUGGUUGCAGAAUACCUUGUUCCAAACAUCAGAUCUAUCCCUGCCAAUGGAUCAACAAAGCCUACCUACAUCCGUUUCCUCACCGGGGUGAAAGCAUACUCGCAGAUAUUCUCACAGAGAUUUGCUUUCGGCGCACGAAGAAACAGAUACUUGCUUGAAGAUUGAAAGUGUAGUGGCAGAAUUUGAUUUAAUUCAAAUGCUGUGAUUUUUUUGGUGAAAUUGUUGUAAAAAAUUGUUCCUUUUUUUAUGGCUCUACAGACUUUACGGGACCAGACUCACGAAUGGACAUGUUACAUGAACUCAUCAGUCUGAUUUCAAUAUGAGAUUAUGCUGAUGUUUCCUUAAA